UAGAAAUCCCUGUCCAUUUGUUACGUUUCACUUUAAUGAGACACAAAUCAAGCAACAGCAAGUGGAAAAUCAAGUGGGAAAACCCACCAAGAAUUUUUUUUAAAAAACUGUGAUGAUUACCUUUUCUCAAGAGAACCUCCAGGCCAUUGGUGUAAUUCUCUGCUAAUUUUUUUGGGAGGAGAUUUUCCCCAAAACCCUUUAUUGAAAACACAUAUUUUUUGAAAUCAAACUAACAAUGAAAUUGAGUGUUGGGAUAUUUUUUGGUGGUUUCUUUGGAGCUCUUGGAAUUUUGUUCUUUUUGGUUGCCUUUGGAACUGACUAUUGGCUUCUUGCUACAGAAGUUGGAAGGUGUUCUGAAAGUCUGAAUGAUACCAUGGAAGAGAAAAUUACUUUCCACCAUGAAGGUUUCUUCUGGAGGUGUUGGUUUGAUGGGAAGGUAGAUGACAAUGCUAACAGUAUGUGGAAGUUUUGGUAUAUGAACCAAUCACCCUCUAAAAACUGCACCCAUGCCUAUCUCUCUCCAUUUCCUCUCCUACGAGAUGAGUACAAUUCAACUGCCUAUAAUUCUGCAGUUAUCUAUCGUGGCUUUUGGUCAGUCCUCCUGCUUCUGGGAGUGGUCACUGUGAUUGUCGCUAGCUUCUUCAUCAUUUGUGCUGCCCCCUUUGGAAGCCAUGUGCUGUACAAAGCAGGCGGAGGCUUUUUCAUUACGGCUGGCAUUUUAUUCACACUGGUGGUUGUGCUGUAUGUCAUCUGGGUCCAGGCAAUGGCUGAUCUCGAAAACUAUGUGAUCAUGAAAAAAAUAGACUGUCCAGAUUUUUCUCUCUAUGCACGUUAUGGAUGGUCUUUCAUGUUGGCUCCAGUUGGAAUAUUUUUUACUAUAUUUUCAGGAAUGCUGUUUCUAUUGGUGGGGCGUACAAUUUAUCUGCAUUCUGAUUAGUUCAGUUUUUGAAAUAUUGGAAUCAUAGAGAGGGUUUGCUGAGAAGCUAUUUUUAUACAUUAUUAUUAUGAUUAUUUUUCCUCCUACAGUCAAAUGUUUGAUAGUGCUAUUUUAGAUCUGCGUAAGCAACUAGCACAGUUCUGCAUACAUUUACUCAAAAGUAAGUUCCUACUGAAUUCAUUGGCACUUGGUUCCAGGUAAGUCUAGCUCUAAGCAAGUUUGACCAUGUGUCUUCUUUUAUUAGGCAAGUGAUGUAUAAAAUGGAUAUGACAGAGGUGCUUGUGUUGGAACAAACAAAUGUUCCUUAGUGCAGUUCAGCUCCCUGUUUGUUCUUGUUUCAAUACUCUUCAUUAGGUGUAAUCUGAGCAAACAUUUUGGUUCUUAAAAUAACAUCCAAUUGUCUGUGGAAUGCUUUAGCCAACAUUAAUGUACAAAAGAUAAUGUCAGUGGAAUACUGCUUUGAUGCGGCUGUGUGUAGCUUAACUUGGGGGUGCCUCUCCAGAUAUGGAGGGCAAAUACCAGCAGCCCUAGCCAGCAUAGGCAAUGGUGAGGAAUGCUGGGAGUUGCAGUCCAGCAACAUGUAGAAGGCUAUAUGAUUCCCAUAUCUAGCCUAGUCCCAACUAGAACAGAGCCAAUGAAUCAGUGGUAGUUAAGUCAACACUUAUGUAAGGUCCAUUGAUUUAAUUGGUCUACUCUAUUGGGAAUUGUCAGCCAGACAUCCAAGGUGCAACUCCUCAGAUUUGUUGAACAGCUGUGCUGGAUAGGGUAGAUGAUGUUUUCAGUCCAACAGUAUCUGGAGGACCACACAAUUUCCUCCCCAAACAAUAAGAUUCAGGCCGACAUGUGUCACAGUUUAUGUGCUUCCAUCUGGUCCAAAUCAUUUUUUAAAGUGCAGGAGAGCUGGAAUGUUUAUGGAUUCAGUUCUCUGUAAAAUCAGAUUUUAUCAGGAUUUUUAUUUUUUAUUUUUUUGAAAAAGGCUUGAUUUUUCUGUCUUUGGUGUUCCUGAUUGUAGAAGAUGUGAUUGUUUUUAUUGUUUUUCUUUCCCUUACAGUUAUGAUUCAUUUGGCCAAAUUACAGCAUCCCCACUCCAUACCCGGGUGCUCCACUUUACAUGGAAGCCGCACUGCAACCUAUUGAAUGGGGCUUGAGCUUAUGUGGUAUUUGCCUUACGCGGGGGGUGGGGGGGUGCAGAACGGAUCCCCGCAUAAGGCAAGGCUCCACUGUAUUCGGCUUACAGUUCAUCAGCCACUUUUUUUUAACCAUCAACCUGAUUCUUUUUGCACCAUACACAGAGUGGAGAAAGAAAUAAUGGGAACUAUGUGAUAGAAAGAUGUGUAGAAACUUUAUAGGUCAAUUGGGGGAGUGUUUGAAACCUCACACAAUAAGCCGAGUCCCACUCCAACACAUAGCUGGUUAGAAAUUAGAAAAAGCAAUAACAACAGCAUUUUCACAAAGCAGGAUACCACUGUUAAUUACAGCUUAUUAUUUUUUAUAAAUAUUAUUCAUAUACCAUCUUAUCCCCAGAAGUGAGAUUCAGUCUGUACGUUCUUCAUGAGGGUGGUAAUUAUACACUCCAUGGGCCACAUGCAACCCUGGGAAGUAGGUCCAGUGCAAUCCUUGGGACCUCCAAGGCCUUGGUAUCCACUCAAGGAAAUUUACUGCUAGACUCCCUUGCCACAUUUUUCAGUGGCAAACUCCUUUAAUAGCAUCCAGACAAGUUAAAUAUGAUCCUUUGAGGGAGUUUUCUUUACCAAGAAAGAGCAAAAAUCCCUUUCCCCUGAAUAGUCCAAAAAGCUGACCAGGAGUGAUGCAGCAUCACUUCUGGUUCUCGAAAUGGCAGCAUCAACAGUGUGGCUGUUGCCCUUCAGAGAUGCCCAAAAUUGACUGGUGCAGUUCUCUGAGCUCAUGUGUGCUAGGGUUCGAAUCCCUCCUGGGCAUGGAAACCCUCUGGGUGACCUUGGACAUACACUGCUCCCUCGGGUUACGAAAUUAAUUCGUUCCGCGGCCGCUUUCGUAACCCGAAAA